CCAAUUUAUGUACCACCAUUGAGAGCAUAGUACCAUCAUUGUGUUCCAAUGGCUAAAAUUCUUCCUAUCUUGGCUUCCCUAUCCACCAUCUUCUUCCUCAUCCUUUCCCUCUCCACAGUUUUGGCCAUCGGAGAAGAUCAUGGCUUUGGAAGAAGCCUAGAUAGGAAGCUCCUUGGGUACAAGAAAGAGAAGCUUAGCCACUUUCAGUUCUAUUGGCAUGACAUCCUUAGCGGUCGCAAUCCCUCAUCAGUCCCAGUCAUAAAACCACCCCAAAACACAUCAACCUUUGGUUUUUUAACCAUGAUUGAUAACCCUUUAACCUUAGGACCAAAUAUGAGCUCCAAACUGGUGGGUAAAGCACAAGGGUUUUAUGCAGGUGCUUCACAAGAAGAGGUGAGUCUAUUAAUGGUAAUGAACUUUGCAUUCAUUGAAGGUAAAUAUAAUGGAAGCACAAUCACUGUGCUAGGCAGGAACCCAGUGUUCCACAGCGUGAGAGAGAUGCCAGUUAUUGGAGGCAGUGGGCUUUUCAGGUUUUCUAGGGGUUAUGCUCAGGCCAAGACUCAUACUUUUGAUCCCAAGACAGGAGAUGCCGUUGUUGAGUACAAUGUCUAUGUGUUGCAUUAUUGAUGUGUUCUUGAUCUUUCUGUUGUUAACUUUAUUCCUCUUGUGAUUCUCUCUUUUUUGAGGUGUAGAUUUCAAGUAUGUUGGCCACUUGGAUUACUUUAAGCUAAGUGGGGUUGGUUAGCGGUUUCUUACUUUCUUUUGUUCAAUAAUAUAGGGCAAUAUAAUGUUUAUUUUCUGUAAUUUUUGUCCUACGUUCAUGCCAAAUUCAGUCAAGUAAGAAAUCCGAAAAGUCCAUGUAAUGAUUAACUUACUAUUUAAUAGACAUUUUGUUAUUAUUU